AUAAGAACUAGACCACUGCGAAACGAGACUUCUGAGGCUUUGAGGGUGAAUUCAUCACCAGCACGCAUAUAAAAGUCAAUGCAGAGAGUCUUUUGUUUAAGUGCCCUUGAAACCCAGCAACUGAAUUAUGUUUCCAGGCCCCCAAGGAGAACUACAAGGUUAUAAUUGUCUCACACUUAAUUACAUGCAUUGCAAAUGGUAAAUGGACAAAGUCAUUCUUGUAACAGGUAUAGAGAAUAAGAUCGCUUAUGAAUUUUUAUAUUGCUGGCUCAUUGAUUCGCAGAAAGUAGAAAUUUAUGCAAGACCCAUGUCUAACAGUGAUGGUGCUGUGUAAAUGCGCAGCCGAGCCAAGAACACUGCCUUCACUGUUCUGGGACUAGGGCCCACACUCACAGUCCUGCUAUUCUCUCUCCCUCGUGGCCCUUGUGAGGUGGCUUAUUUUUCCCACUUCCUUUACGGGCCACAGUUGUUUCUUGCCAGGCCAUCUUCUUGGAGUUUAACACCAAGAGAGUGUUAGCUUAAUACCUUGUCUUGAUGCCAUCUGAUAAAAUCAGAGAAAUGAAAGAUGCCACAGGAAAGAUAAAUGAUAUUUUAGCCAAGCCGUACAAGAGAAAUAGUGCCACUUUCAAGUUCUGUUUUCCAUAGCUUCUAAUGGAGCCUGCUCAGGAGGGAAGCCAGCUUUGCCGGGACCAUAGCUUGCUGCCAGAAAUGGCACUCUCAGUGGACUCAUCCUGGCACCGGUGGCAGUGGCGAGUCAGAGAUGGCCUCCCCCAGUCGCCAUCAGAAGCCACACCACUAUUGUCUGAAGAGAAGAAGAGGCAAAGCUACAACCUGACACAACAAUGGGUCGUCUUCCCCAACAACAGCACGUGCCACCGAGAUUGGGCAGAGAUCACCAGGAGAUACUCCGGCAACAGAAUCUGCACGACCAAAUACACCUUUCUCACUUUCCUGCCUCAGAAUCUCUUUGAGCAGUUUCAUAGAUGGGCUAAUCUGUAUUUCCUAUUCCUGGUGAUUCUCAACUGGAUGCCCUCCAUGGAAGUUUUCCACAGAGAAAUCACCAUGUUACCAUUGGCUAUUGUGCUGUUCCUCAUCAUGGUCAAGGAUGGCAUGGAAGACUUCAAGAGAUAUCGUCUUGAUAGAAAGAUCAACUGCUCCAACAUCUGGAUAUAUGAAAGAAAACAGCGGAGCUACGUGAAGAAGUGCUGGAAGGAUGUGCGUGUGGGCGACUUCAUCCAAAUGCAAUGCAAUGAGAUCAUCCCAGCAGACAUACUCCUGCUCUUCUCUUCAGACCCGAAUGGGAUCUGCCACCUGGAAACUGCCAACCUGGAUGGAGAGACAAACCUCAAACAAAGGCGUGUUGUGAAGGGCUUCUCACAGCAGGAGGUGCAGUUCGAACCCGAAUGUUUCUGCAACACCAUCGUGUGUGAGAAACCCAACAACCACCUCAACAAGUUUAAGGGUUAUAUGGAGCAUCCUGACCAGUCGAGGACCGGCUUUGGCAGUGAGAGUCUUCUGCUUCGAGGCUGCACCAUCAGGAACACCAAGGUGGCUGUUGGCAUUGUCAUCUACGCAGGCCAUGAGACAAAAGCCAUGCUGAACAACAAUGGCCCACGAUACAAACGCAGCAAGAUAGAGCGGCGCAUGAACACAGACAUCUUCUUCUGCAUUGGGCUCCUCUUCCUCAUGUGCCUCGUCGGAGCCGUAGGUCACAGCCUCUGGAAUGGGACCUUUGAAGAACACCCUCCCUUUGAUGUUCCAGAUGCCAAGGGCAACUUCCUUCCCCUUGCCCUUAGGGGCUUUUACAUGUUCCUUACAAUGAUCAUCCUGCUCCAGGUGCUGAUCCCAAUCUCCCUGUAUAUAUCCAUUGAGCUGGUGAAGCUUGGGCAAAUCUUCUUCCUGCAAAAUGACCUUGACCUGUACGAUGAAGAGACUGAUUUGUCCAUCCAGUGUCGAGCCCUCAACAUCACUGAGGACUUGGGCCAGAUCCAGUAUGUCUUCUCUGACAAGACGGGGACGCUGACUGAGAACAAGAUGGUGUUCCGGCGUUGCACUAUCAUGGGCAGCGAAUAUUCUCACCAAGAAAAUGCCAAACGACUGGAGACCCCAAAGGAGCUGGACUCAGACAGUGAAGAGUGGACCCAAUACAAGUGCCUAUCCUUCCCAGCCCGAUGGUCUCAGCGCCCAGCAACAGUGGGAGGCCAAGGACGAGCCCAGCCUCUGAGGAGGUGCCACAGUGCCCGGGUACCUAUCCAGGGUCACUCCCGACAAAGGUCUGUGGGGCACUGUGAAAGCUCACAGCCUCCUGUGGCCUUCAGCAACUCCCUAGAAAAAGAUGUGACUCCAGACAAAAAUCUACUGGCCAAAGUACAAGAUGCUGCUCUGUGGCUGGAGACCUUGUCAGACACAAAACCAGCCAAGCCUUCUCUCUCCACCACCUCCUCCAUUGCUGACUUCUUCCUCGCCCUAACCAUCUGCAACUCCGUCAUGGUCUCUACAACCACUGAGACCAGGCAGAGAGUCACCAUGCCACCCUCUGCCAAGGCUCUGGGGACGUCCCUGGAGAAGAUUCAACAACUGUUCCACAGACUGAAGCUUUUGAACCUUAGCCAGUCAUUCUCAUCCACUGUGCCCUCUGACACCGACCUGGGAGAGAGUUUGGGGGCCAACAUUCCAACCCCAGACUCAGAAGAGAGGGAUGAUGUGUCUGUGUGCAGUGGAGGUAACUCCACUGAUGGUGGCUAUAGGAGCAGCACAUGGGACCAGGUUGACAUCCAGGGGUCUGGAUUAGACGCUUCCUUGGAAGAGGUGCUGGAGGCCCCAGGUCUAGGCCUGGCCAGCCCUGAGCUCUGUUAUGAGGCUGAGAGCCCUGAUGAGGCAGCCCUGGUGCAUGCCGCCCAUGCCUACAGCUUCACUCUGGUGUCCCGGACACCAGAGCAGGUGACCGUGCGCUUGCCCCAGGGCACCUGCCUCACCUUCGAUGUCCUCUACACCCUGGGCUUUGACUCUGUCAGGAAGAGAAUGUCUGUGGUUGUGAGGCACCCACUGACGGGUGAGAUCAUCGUCUACACCAAAGGCGCAGACUCAGUUAUCAUGGACCUGCUGGAAGACCCGGCCUGCGCAACUGAUUCUGAUAUGGAAAAGAAGGUGAGGAAAAUCCAAGCCAGGACCCAGAAGCACCUAGACUUGUAUGCAAGAGAUGGCCUUCGAACACUGUGCAUCGCCAAAAAGGUCAUAAGUGAAGAUGACUUCCGACGAUGGUCCAGUUUCCGGUCUGAGGCGGAGGCAUCCCUCGACAACCGAGAUGAGCUUCUAAUGGAGACGGCACAACAUCUGGAGAAUCAACUCACCUUACUCGGAGCCACUGGGAUUGAAGACCAGCUGCAAGACGGGGUUCCAGACACAAUUGCUGCUCUGCGGGAAGCUGGGAUCCAGCUCUGGGUCUUGACUGGAGAUAAGCAGGAGACAGCAGUCAAUAUCGCCUAUUCCUGCAGAUUGUUAGAUCAGACUGACACUGUUUACUCCAUUAAUACAGAAAAUCAGGAAACCUGUGAAUCCAUCCUUAACUAUGCACUGGAAGAAGUGAAGCAAUUUCAUGGACCACAGAAGCCAAACCGCAAGCUCUUUGGGCUCUGCCUACCUUCUGAGACACCACCUCCUACCUCAAGAGCUGCAGUUCCAGAAGUUGGAUUGGUCAUCAAUGGGAAGACAUUGAAUGCCAUUUUCCAGGGAAAGCUGGAGAUGAAAUUUUUAGAGCUGACUCAGUAUUGCCGGUCUGUCCUAUGCUGCCGUUCUACCCCUCUCCAGAAGAGUAUGAUAGUCAAGCUGGUGCGAGACAAGUUGAGCGUCAUGACCCUUUCCAUAGGUGAUGGAGCAAACGAUGUAAGCAUGAUUCAUGCUGCCGACAUUGGAAUUGGAAUAUCUGGACAGGAAGGCCUGCAGGCUGUCAUGUCCAGUGACUUUGCCAUCUCCCGCUUCAGACACCUCAAGAAGCUGCUGCUUGUGCACGGCCACUGGUGUUACUCACGCCUAGCAAGGAUGGUGGUGUACUACUUCUACAAGAAUGUGUGUUAUGUCAACCUGCUCUUCUGGUACCAGUUUUUCUGUGGUUUCUCUGGCUCCACCAUGAUCGAUUAUUGGCAGAUGAUAUUCUUUAAUCUCUUCUUCACCUCCUUGCCUCCUCUCAUCUUUGGAGUCCUCGAUAAAGACAUCUCUGCAGAAACACUCCUGGCAUUGCCAGAGCUGUACAAGAGUGGCCAAAACUCUGAGUGCUAUAACUCUAUGACUUUCUGGAUUUGCAUAGUGGAUGCAUUCUAUCAGAGCCUUGUCUGUUUCUUCAUUCCUUACCUGACCUACAAAGACUCUGAUAUUGAUGUCUUUACCUUUGGGACACCCAUCAACACCAUCUCCCUUGCCACAAUUCUCUUGCACCAGGCAAUGGAAAUGAAGACCUGGACCAUUAUCCACGGACUUGUUCUGGCAGGCAGCUUCCUGAUGUACUUUGUGGUGUCCCUUGUUUACAAUGCCAUCUGCAUCAACUGCAACAGUCCCACCAAUCCCUAUUGGGUGAUGGAAGGCCAGCUCUCAGACCCCACUUUCUACCUCAUCUGCUUCGUCACACCAGUCACAGCUCUUCUGCCAAGGUACUUAUUCCUAUCUCUACAAGGGACUUAUGGGAAGUCUCUGAUCUUAAAAGCUCAGAAAAUCGACAAACUCCCCAUGGACAAAAGAGAUUUAGAAAUCCAGAGUUGGAGAAACAGACAGAGGCCUGCCCCCAUUCCUGAAGAGGCUCAGCAUACCCACCAUCCAGUGCCACCUGUCCCAGAACAGGACUUCAGAGCCAACAGGCCAAAGAGCUCUAGCCCUUCCAAGUACAAGUGAAAGAAGGACUGGGUGCUGCAUGGAGAGAACUGCAGUAGAGACCAUCUGAGGGAUGACCCAUGCCCAGAGGACUCCUCAGCUAAACUCUAAUCCAGGGAAUACCUUCUUCUGGGUCUAGGAGGACAAUGGCUUCUGGAACCUACUCUAGUGGACAGAUUGCUGAGUACCGGCCCUCAAGCAGGAGCAGUCAUCGCUGAUCCCAGAGUUCACUGACCAUAUGAACAGCCUGCAGAAAUCUGUAUAAACUCAGAGGAAACCACCCAAUCAAUGGCCUAAUUAACCCAUGAGUCUUCCUUUUCAUGGAGGAAAAGAUGUGUCAUUCUUGUUCUUUUCUCCUGACCAGGUUUGACUUCCUUGGAGAAAGUGCUGGCCCCAAGGGCUUUGACAUAAAAAGACUGGAAACCAGUCACCCUCUACCUUUCUCCUGCUGCCAGGUAGCAGAUCAUGCAAACAGAAUUUUUAUAAGGAAGCUAUGUUUCUCAUGCAUUGAGUUUUAAUUUUUUUUAACCCAGAGACAUUCUUGUGGCCCUUUAGAUAAGUAUAGCCAGUGGCCAAUGCAACUAGGCCAUACUUUUCCAAUAUUCUAAGAGAUAUAUCUACCCAGGCAAUUUCUCAAGGUAUGGAAGUUUCUGGGCUUGUCGAGCCCAGACACAUCACCUCGUUGUGCCAAGAGUUAAAGUUUCAAAAGAAACCCAUACACACAGGUACUUUAUCUUGAGUAUAUGAAUUCUUGAGUAUAUGAAUUCUUUCAUUCAUCAAGAAUUGGGUUGUUUUUGUCUCUAACCCAAAGAAAACCAUAUCUAAAGAUUAAAACUAGAUUUUAACUCAGUGUCACAGGGACUUUUGAAAAUUAUAGGUCCGCAGCUAGUGUAAGAGGCAGAAGGAACAUGCUAAAGCAAAUGGGUGCACUGGAAACCCCAAGCGUUAGGUAAUAGACCAUAUGUCCACAAUCUGUACCAAGAGGAUAGGAGCAGUAUUCUUUUUUAAAGCUAUUUAUUCAUUUUUAAAAUACAAGUACACAUCCUCAUUCAGCUCUAAGUCUACUAUUGGUAGACUUUAAUACAUCUGCACCCGGAAUAGUAUGUAUGACAGCAACACUGAGCCCAAACAAUUACACCUUAAAGACCUGGAAGACACCAACCCAUGCUUCAGUUAUUUUAGAGAGAAUCAGAGUAAGUCUCACUGUAGAGGUAAAAGGAUUACACAACUUCUUAUCCAUAGAGUUAUAAGUGCCAAAAUGUAAAAGAACUCAAAAAAGUAUUGAAAUUUUAAAAAUGGCUGAUAGAAUUCUAAGAGGCUAUCAAGAGAAUUAAGGUAUACUAUGGGCAAGGAUAACCUGUCCCUAGUUGUUAAGAUAAGCCAGAGAAGGUUACUGAACCCUCUCCUCUUUAGGAUAGUACCUAUAUAUUCAGCAAAAUCCCUGUAUAUUAGGGGUGGAUGCAAUGUUGUGAUAAGUCUUUGAGCCUAAGAGUCAUAGCACCCCACACACACAAGUUGACUUAACACUUGAGUAACUUUUCAGCAAAGAUGAACAAAAAGAUCUCAACAAUCAAGUUGGCAAAUGGCAAACUGAGCUCAUCCACUGACCAUUCUGCUAACAAACCUAACUGGAGGGACCAUUUGAAGCAUUAUCCUGGAGUCAGUAUGCUGUAUCUGUUUUACUGACUGUGCCACAUGAUGUUACUAAUAAUGGCCAACAGGAGAAUCCUACAUGGAGAUUGUUAGAGAGGCAAAGCAGUAAUGAUAUGAAUUGUUCCAAAUGAGAAGAUUGAGCCAAAACUUGGAUCUCAAGGUCCUCCCUUUCCCCCAUUUGAUUCCUGCCCACUCCUGCAAGCCAUAUUGAGACAGGUGGGAUGUUUCAGAGAGGAAGAGAAUAGUGGAAAGAACACUGGCUUCAGGAAAUCUGGAUUGAGUCAUUGCUACUGUACUCUCUAGGAGCCAGGAGCCUUGAAACAAGAUGCCACACCUGCAAAUUAGGUUAGAACUGCCCUACCUCCUGGACUUGGCCUAAGGAUCAAGUCAAAAUUACAUAAGGGACGUGAAAACCCUUUGAAAGUUGUAACACCCUCAACAAUAACAUAGGAAUUUUUAUUUCAGAGCUAAGAGGAAACAAGGUAAUAGGAAAGUCAUGCAGAUGUCAGACCACUGUACCUAAAUGCCAAGCCAUACCCAACAUUGUGAUGUCGCACUCUUUCUUGCAUGACCAACCAUCCCAGUUUGCCUGGGGUUUUCCAAGUUUUAUACUGAAAAUUUCCUCAGUCCUGGGCCCUGAAAUAGCUGAUUACCUACUCUUGCCCCCCUUUGAAACCAAAGCAACUGUGACCACCCAACAUGCCAUUUAGGGGAAAAGGUUAUAAUUUUUCCUAUAACAUUAUGCUAAUGACUGUACUUAGUAAUUUUUAUACUUUUACUGGUUGACUGGAAAUGUGCUAUUCUUUAUUAGAAAAAAAUAAAUAAAUAUUGUUUUUCACAAUUGCCGG